AUGGAGAGCGCCGAGCCCCGCGCGCGGCCCGAGCGCCUGGCCGAGGCUGACGGCGGGCGACUGGUGGAGGUGCAGCUGAGCGGCGGCGCCCCGUGGGGCUUCACUCUGAAGGGUGGCCGCGAGCACGGCGAGCCGCUCGUCAUCACCAAGAUUGAAGAGGGGAGUAAAGCCGCAGCUGUGGACAAAUUACUGGCUGGAGACGAAAUCGUGGGCAUCAAUGACAUCGGGCUGUCGGGGUUCCGGCAAGAAGCCAUCUGCUUGGUGAAGGGCUCCCACAAGACCCUGAAGCUGGUGGUCAAGAGGAGGACGGAGCUGAGCUGGAGGCCACACUCCUGGCAUGCCACCAAGUUCUGUGAUGGUGCCCCUGAGGCAGUGGCCGCUCCAUUCUCUGCGGCGGGCACCUGCCAGUCCUGGCACACCCGGCAGCACGCGAGCUCCUCUUCCCAUGACCUGUCUGGUGCCUGGGAACAGACGAACCUGCAGUGCACCUCGGACCACUUCAGCUCCCUGGGUAGCAUGGAUAGCCUGGAUCCCCCAAACCAGCCCUGUUCAUCUGGCCGCCUCUCUGCUGCCAAGUCCAGCAGCAGCACUGAACACCUGGGGGGGCCGAGCAAGCGUGACUCGGCUUAUGGUUCCUUCUCCACCAGCUCUAGCACACCGGACCACACACUGCCCAGGGCCGACGGCUCAUCCACGGAGAACCUCCUCUACAAGGUGGGGCUGUGGGAGAACUCUCGGCCAGGUGGCAGGCAGGCCCAGGUAGGCAGUGACCUGGAUCACGGCCUGGAGGAAAGGUUCAGCUGUCUGCCUGCCGACCCCUACUACAAGAGCAGUAAAAGCCCCAGGCAGGAGGACAGCCCUGAGCCGAAGGCGGCUGCCCCGGGAAGGUCCAAUUUCGGGCCUGUCUGGUAUGUUCCUGAUAAGAAAAAGGCACCUGUCUCUCCUCCUCCUCCUCCUCCACCACUGCGCAGUGACAGCUUCGCUGCUACCAAAGGUCAUGAGAAGGCCCCGGGCCCUGUGUUCACAGAAGCGGCUGCCACGCAGCAUCUGACCACCCUGCCCCGGGCUCCACCACAGACUGAGUGGAGAGCUGACCCCACAGAUCCACCACAACAGCAGGCAUGGGCUGGGGACACCCGGCGGCCCGGCAACUGUGGCCACCCUGUAGACCUGCCCCUGGCUGGCGACUGCCGACUGGGCGGCCUCCUCAGGGUCCCCAGUAGACUGCAGGCUUCACAGUCAAGCUGUGAUGUGAGCUUCGCCCCAUCCACCUACGGAUACCAGCACCCUCGCCAGUACAGCGAUGAGAACCCCUUCCUCCACGAGAGUCCCAGACCCUCGGCAUCACCCAGGGAGCUGCGGCACCUGCCCCUCCUUGGGGGCCAUCAGGAGCCUCCUGUUGACCGCUUCCAGGAUGACGCUUUCGCUCCAGAGAGAUGGCUUGGUACUGCUGACCAGAGGAUGGAGGGCAGCGGGCAGGGCCACUAUUACUGUGUGACCCCCAAACAGCCCACCCAGGGGAGUCAUCAGACACUGCAGCUUAGUGAGGGGUAUUGGCCAUCUGCAGCAGGAGCUAAGGUGGUACCAGGGGCCCAGGACGCUCCUCCCACCCUCCUGAUGGACUCCAAACCACGAUGUUACCUACCUCAGCAGGGUGAAAUGCUGGACCCUAAUGAGAGAGAACGGUGGCACCCACUGGAUAGAGAUGGGGAGACCUGGUCGAUGGGAACGGAAGAGCUCCCCAGAGCCAGCCAUGUGGAAAAAGCCAGCCCCAAAAGAACAACAAGCAGUGACUUGCAGUGGGUGGAUGGAGAGAGCAGCAAGAUCUCACCUCAGAAGACGCCCAUGUUGCACUCCUUGACUCAAGAAGGGAAGAAGAGCCAGUCAGGGAACAACCUGGGGUACCUCCAAGAUGGCGGCCUGGGACACCUCCAGGAUGGCCGUCCCGGGCACCACCAAGGUGGCCGCCUGGGGUGUCGCCAAGAUAGCGUCCUCAGGCACUGUCAAGAUAGUGGUCCAGGGAAGCCACUCCCAUUUGAUGCCCAGGUGGGAAAGCCAAUCCGGAGGAGUGACCGCUUUGCCACCACGCUGAGGAAUGAGAUCCAGAUGCGGCGAGCCAAGCUACAGAAGAGCAAGAGUACUGUGACUCUGGUGGGGACAAGGGAGGCCGAGGAAGACCCCAGCGGUUGGAAGGUGGAGCUGAGGGUUCCCACCAGCACCGCUCCAGAAAGUUCCUUCACCAGCACCUACAAAGACCACUUGAAGGAGGCUCAAGCCAGGGUCCUGAGGGCCACAUCAUUUAAGCGUCGCGACUUGGACCCCAGCCCAGGUGACCAUUACCCAUUGCCACCAGAGCAUAGACCUGAGGACCAUGGUGCCUCACCCCUGUUCCCCUUGGGUCCAGACACUGCCCCCGAUUUCCUGGAGGGGUGCCCUGCCAAGGUGUCCUCUUCUGGAGGGAGUACAUCCUACAUCCCCCGCAUUGGGGGCCGGAGACGCUUUACGGUGGAGCAGAAACUGAAGUCAUACUCUGAGCCUGAGAAGAUCCAUGAGGUGGGGCUCUCAGGAGCUUACCAACCUCACCAGCUCCCUGACAGAGCUGAGGACACGGUGGGCACUUUUGCUGACAGGUGGAAGUUUUUUGAGGAGACCAGCAGAUCUGCUCAUCAGAGGCCAGGGCAAAGGCAGGCUCUGUGUGGAUUCCCCAGAGAGAAGCCAGAGCGACUGCAGACAGCUGGUCACGGGUAUGAGGGUGCGGAGCCUUGGUUCCUGCGGAGGGAACGCCCCACAUCCUCUGGGGAAAACGCCAGCAACCACAGGAAAGUGGGGAAAUCUGAGCUUCCCCAGAGACUUGGGACAUUUGCUGAGUAUCAAGCCUCUUGGAAGGAACAGCGGAAGCCUCUGGAAGCCAGGAGCUCUGGGAGGUAUCACUCAGCAGAUGACAUCCUGGACGCAGGGCUGAACCAGCGUGAAAGACCACAGUACGUGCACGAGAGGUGCAGGUCGUCGCCGUCCACAGACCCCUACAAAGAGGGAGUGUCUGCAGAGCCCCGGCGGCAGGCGGAAGACCCCACAGAGCACAGAGAACACAUUCAAUGCACAUUGAGACCCAAAGGGGGUUGCUACUCCCCGCAGGCUGCCCCCUGUGAACGUGACCGCCAGCAUGUAGAUGAGGACCCGCCCAAGCCCCGGCACCUGCAGAGAGCCACCAUGGAGACCUCCCGCUCCCCUUCCCCCCAGUUUGCACCCCAGAAGCUGACCGACAAGCCCCCCCUGCUCAUCCAGGAUGAGAGCUCGACAAGAAUCGAGCGGGUGAUGGACAACAACACAACAGUGAAGAUGGUGCCCAUCAAGAUCGUGCACUCGGAGAGCCAGCCCGAGAAGGCGAGCCGCCAGGGCCUGGCCCGCCUUGCCGAGCCGCCCACCCUGCCCAGUGGGCUGGAGUGUGACCAGAUCAAGUCGCUGAGCACCUCGAGCCACUCCUACUCCCGCUUCUGCGUGUACACGCGGCAGGGUGCCGAGCCUGGGGAGCCGCCCCGCACCCGGCCAGCUGAGCCCGAGUCCCCCAGUGCCCAGGCGCCCCCUGCCAAGGAUCGCUGUGCCUCCCCGGCAGGGCUCAGCUAUGGGAAGGCCAAAGAGAAGACGGUGGAGGAGCUCAAGUCCGAGGAGCUGGCACGUGAGAUUGUGGGCAAGGACCGGUCCCUAGCUGACGUCCUGGACCCCAGUGUGAAGAUCAAGACCACCAUGGACCUGAUGGGGGACAUCUUCCCCAAGGACGAGCAUCUCCUGGAGGAGGCGCAGCAGCGGAGGAAGCUGCUCCCCAAAGGCCCCUCCCCACGGACUGCAGAACGCAAGAAAGAGGAGCCGGGCGUAGCAACGGCCAUGUCCCUGACAACCAACUCCACGUACUACAGCACAUCGGCCCCCAAGGCGGAGCUGCUGAUCAAGAUGAAGGACCUGCAGGAGCAGCAGCAGGCCGAGGAGGACUCAGGGAGCGACCUGGACCUGUCGGUGAAGAAGCAGGAACUCAUCGAGAGCAUCAGUCGCAAGCUGCAGGUGCUGCGGGAAGCCCGGGAGACCCUGCUGGAGGAUAUCCAGGCCAAUAACGAGCUCGGGGACGAGAUGGAGGCCAUCGCCAAAGACGUCUGCAAGCCCAACGAGUUUGACAAGUUCCGCAUGUUCAUUGGGGACCUGGACAAGGUGGUGAACCUUCUGCUGUCCCUGUCCGGCCGCCUGGCCCGCGUGGAGAACGCCCUCAAUAACCUGGAUGACAGCGCUUCUCCUGGGGACCGGAUGAGGAACCCGAGACACCAAGAGGCUGUGUCCUCGAGCUUCACCUUCCCGGGCCUGUGGGAAACGGUUCCGUUUCCAUGCACGGGGCAGACCCGUGGCCUGGACCUCCUGUGUGGCCAGCUUGAGAAGGCUGUGUCAGCCUGCCGAUGCUCAGAGACGGGAGGCAGUGAUGCUCAGAGACUGGCGUGCUAA